AUGCAUCGCUAUUAUGCAUUAUUUCAUCUUCUAUACUUCCUAAUAUACUUGGAAGAUAUUCGAGAAAUCCAUACUACUACUACUACUACUACUACUACUACUACUACUACUACUACUACUACUACUCCGACUUCUAUUGCGACUAAUAAUGAUGAAGCUUACCACAAUUUCCUACUGAAAAUUACUUUUCAAAUGUAUGAAAUAAAUAAUUGUUAA